AUGUCUGGAACUCCGAUAACCUCGCCAAGCGACCAGCAAUCCAGUGAAGGAUCCGAUCCCUCACUCCAAUCACCCCUCCAACCCAGUGAAGAAUCUCGUUCUUCAUUCUCACCCUCCCAAUCCGAUACCCAGAGUGCACCAGCCACAAUGAGUUUCCAACCACUGAACCCUCGCCCAUUCCUCCAGGCCCGCGUUGGCACUGAAGUCCUCAUCCGCCUCAAGUGGGGCCAGACCGAGUACAAGGGCAUUCUGGAGAGCGUCGAUUCAUACAUGAACGCACUGCUGCGCGACACAGAGGAGUUCAUCGACGGCAAGUCCACCGGUGUUCUGGGUCUCGUUCUGAUCAGAUGCAACAACAUUCUCUGGAUUGGCUCGGCGGAUAGCGUGGAGAUGACGGAUAUGGAACUCAAAUAA